ACGUGGAGGUUUGGCACACGACCGACACACGCAGCGAGCGCUCGUUCGGUACACAACUCGCUUAAGAUCACUUUCAACCCCAACGCAAAAUGACGACUGCUAACUUCUGCAAUCAACCUCCAGACUAUGUCAGCAAAAUUUUAACGGAGAAACGAAAGGCGAAAAAACCCCUCAUGGAAAAGAUGAGAAGAGCAAGGAUUAAUGAUAGUCUAAACGAACUGAAAUCACUUAUUCUCGAGGCCUUAAAUAAGGACGCGUCACGAUACUCGAAAAUGGAAAAAGCUGAUGUGUUGGAAAUGACUGUUCAUUAUUUACGCGAGCUCAAAAGAAGGGAACAAAAACAGAAAGUUAUGGAUCCCACAGAGUACAGAGCAAGUUAUGUACAGUGUGCCGCAGAAUUCACAAGAAAAAUGACGUCGUCCCGUUGCCAAGGAAACAACACAAACACGCCGGCAGCCGCCAUGCCUGUGUAUAGUACGGAGACCCUUCGGUACUUGGCACCCUUACAACCUGUAAUGAUACCGUUCCCAUCGCCGCCACCUUCACCUCUUCACGUCUCACCGGUAUUAACUGGCUCUACAAGUCUGACACGAGAUAUUAGACCUGAAUCUCCUGUUUUAACCAGCAUGACAAGAGACACGAGAUUGAUUUCAUUGCAAGAACCCAAACUUGGAUCACCAGCACAAGGUGCAUUGCUUUGGAGACCUUGGUAAAUGAAAGAAAAACAACCUUGAGGACAAUGUCGAAAUCGCUAUAAAAUACAAAGUGUUUCUCGCAUUGGGUUGCUAUGUUAAUUAUCUAUUUUUGUACUGGUGUGAAUCAAAUAAUUAUGUAAAUAACGUUAUCAGAGAGUUUCGAAAGAACGUGUACAAAUGUAAAUAGAAAAAAAGUCAAAGUUUAUGGAAUAGAUACGCAUAUUUUUACAGCUGGAUUCAUGCGCUAUUAAUCCUGGACAAAACCGAAAGUCGGAACGUCGAGCAUGGAAAAGUGUUAAUAAUAAAGAAAACCAUUCACAUGAGCA